CCCACGAUAUGGGAGGUCUGCAAUGAGGGAAACAACAACAACAAAAAAUUAGUAGACAACGAGAAACCCCGAAGGAGAUAAAAUGGGCGUGCAGGCUGGAAAGGAAGCUGGGUUAAAGGAGCCUUCGGAAGGGGGCUGCCCCGGCGCCUAAGGGGCGGAGCCGACGCAUAGAGCCGCUUUGCGCUUGCGCAGCAUCUGGGCGGUUAGAUUUGAAAGCGGCCCGGAGGCUGCCCGGCGCUGCGCGGAGGCCGCGGAGAACUACUGGCUAAUGACCACGGACCCCCAAAGGUCUGAGGAGAAUUUGUCAAACGGGAGGCUCGGCAGAAAAGGUUUUCUUCAAAAAUGGAUGGGAUGUCUUCAGAGACUAAUGAAGAAAAUGACAAUACAGAGAGACCUGUUAGAAGACGACAUUCCUCAAUUUUGAAACCCCCAAGGAGUCCUCUUCGGGAUCUGAGAGAUGGGAAUGAAAUAGUUCAGGAACCCAAUGCUUCGAGAAAUAAGAAAAGCUCUCGCCGAGUCAGCUUUGCAGAUACUAUAAAGGUAUAUCAGACAGAAUCUCAUAUGAAAAUAGAGAGAAAGUCAGAAAUUGCAGAAACAGAAACAAGAGAAAAUGUUCUGUUUAUACAGAAUAAGACUUCAGAAGAUAAUUACUGUGAAAUUACUGGAAUGAACACGUUGCUUUGUGCUCCCAUUCAGACCCAGAUGCAACAGAGAGAGAUUUCAGUUACAGAAUACAACCAUGAAGAGACACAUUCAAAUGACCAGACAGUCAUCUUUUCAGAUGAAAACCAGAUGGACCUGACAGCAAGUCACACCGUGAUGAUUACAAAAGGCCUUUUAGAUUGUACAAAAAGUGAAAAGUCCACCAAGACAGAUCCCACAUCGUUUGUGGCUAACUUAAAACUUCACACUGAGGAUUCAAGAAUGAAAAAAGAAUUGAAUUUUUCCAUGGAUCAAAACACUAAUUCAGAAAAGAAAAUAAAUUUCAAUGACUUCAUAAAAAGAUUGAAGACAGGGAAAUCUAAUUCUUCUUCUACAGGACCUGAUAAAGAAAAUUCUGAGAUACCUAUUCAUUCCAUAGAAUCAAAUAAGGCUUCUUCCAUACAUCAAAAGCAUGUAUCCCUUAAUGUAGAUGAAAAUAACAGUAAUAUGACUAGAAUCUUUAUAGAAGAAGAUGAUGGGAUGAAUUUCACCAAGUGUUAUACAUCCAAUAUUCAAACUUUGGUUCCCAUGUCCACUGAAGCCAACUUAAGGGAAUUUAAAAGUGAUAUUACAGUUUAUGGUAAUGACUUGAUGGACUUGACAAUAAACCGCACUAUACAAAUUUUACCCUCUGCAGAUAAUUUAUCUGAAAUAGAAAAUCAAACUCAGACUGUCAUGAUGGAUGUUACAACAGGUUAUAGAACUAAAGCUCCAGCAAAGACGACAGUCUUUGAGAAUAAACCAAAUGCUGCUUUUCCAGACUCUCCCUUAAAUCCUAAAGGUGACAUACAUAUUACCAGAGGUCAUAUUAUGGGGACAGAAACUCACAUAGUCACACAGACUUCUAACCAAGAUGUCAGAACAUUGGCCAUGGUCCCGGAAUCUGUAUGUUUCAGUCCAGCAAUUCAAGAUAAUAAAACAUUUUUGUAUUCUACUUGUAAUGAUGCCAUGGAACUGACCAAGUGUCUCUCAAGUAUGAAAGAGGAAGAAAAUUUGCUAAAGGAUGACCGUAAUUAUCCCAAAAUGUGUCAUAAUCCAGAUACCAACUCUCUUCUCAUGGAUAAAACGAUUUACUCAGGAGAGGAUAGCAUGGACAUUACCAAGAGUCACACACUUACAAUAGAUAAUCAAAAUUUUAAAGAUCAGACAGAUGUCCAGAUAACAGCCAAACCAAUAUCUGAAAAAGAAAUGAUGCUCCAAAAUCACAGAACUAUGUCAAAGGAUGACAAAAUGAACAUAAAUUGUAUCUCAGUUCCUCAUGUAUCUAAGGAAAGAUUACAACAGGCCCAGGCAGAUACUUGGUCUACUUCAUUGGCUGGUAAAAAGACUGUAAUCUUCACAGGUGAAGAUGAGGGUUUGACUAAAAGUCAUACAACUAAUUUAGGAAGUCAAGCUCCUUUUGCAUCUUAUAAUCUAGCAUUCAAGGAUGCCAGUACAUCUCACUCUGACAGCAAAAGCCUUUUAGAUGAAUGGGGAAAAAAGACCAAAACUCAUAAUGAACUCUCCCGACAACCAAGAAUAAUAUCUACAAACAUCCUAACUGAUGCCUGGGGCAAAGAAAUAGAUCAAGUUUUGAAGAUUUCACCCUAUCUUGAUAAAGUUUCUCCUUGGCCAGUUGAUAUUAACCAGGACAAAGCAACAAGCUAUAAUAUAGUAUACUCUCAUGGAGAUCUUCAUAAACAAGUAGCACUGGGAAAGAAUAGAAAUACAGUUUCAUGUGAGCAAGCUUUGUUUCCAAUCACUAAACUGUCUUCAGAAGGCCAAUCUGCCAUGGAAAAUCCUAAUACUGCUGUUAACAGUCAUAUAGUUAAAUCUGUACCAGACCAGAAUUCUAAACUGCCUGAGCCACUGAGGAAAAGUUUAGGUAAUCCCACCCUUGACUGUUCUCGUGACAAGAUAAUUACUUGUUCAGAAGUGGAGCAAAAUAUGGAUCUAACCAAGAGUCACACUGUUGUCAUUGGAUUUGGUCCUUCUGAAGUACAAGAACUUAGUAAGACUAAUUUAGAAAGAACUGUACUUGCAGACAGACCUGACUUUGAACUAUUCAAAAGGAAAAGCGUAGGAAAAAUAAAAGUGACCUCUUCUGCUGAGGAGAGUGUUUCCUUUCCAGAGAAUGGUGAAAGUGACCAUUCAGCAGCAAAAGUCAGCCAGCUAACGCUUCUUGGGGACCGAUCUAAUAGUGUUCCUAUAGAGAAAGCUGUAGCAUUUAUAGCUGAUGAGAACAUAGACGUGUCUACAUCAACUGUUUGGAAAAAUGACAAAGAUAUACAAAAGCCUGGAUUUCUGAAUGAACAUUUGUCAGGCAAAAGUCAAAGAAGGAAAAGCCUUAGACUCAAAGAUGACAAGCCCAUUGCAUUUUCAGGUAAUGAUAAAAAUGAUAUGGAUAUCAUCCAGAGUUGUACAAUGGAAAUAAAUAACAAAAAUGCCCUAGAAGAUAGAAAAGAUUCUCUGUUGGUGCCUUUGGCAGGAACUUCUAAAACUGUUUUGUAUACAUGUGGGCAGGAUGACAUGGAGAUCACUAGAAUUCACACAACUGCCUUAGAAUAUAAAACUGUCUCACCAGUUAAAAUAACCACUAGGCCAAUGGACAAUACUGUAUUGUUUAUAGAUAAUCACAGUGAUCUGGAAGUCACCAAGUCCAAUACUGCUUUCAUUGAUUGUCAAGCCACAGAAAAAAUACUUCAAGAGUGCCCUAAAUUUGGAAUAGUAAAAAAAACCUUGGGUGUUUCUUUUCCUAAGGAUGGAAGCUCUGUUCAAGAAAUCACUAAACAACAAGCACAGGCUAUAGAAAACAAAAUUGUUCUUCAGACUGAGCAAGAGCACCAUGUGAUACCCUGUUCUAAUACAUUGUCUGGGGAUCAAGCUCAGAUAGAAAUCAUCAAAUUCCAUAGUACUGCUGUGGAUGAAAAGGUCAUGGCAAAAGUUGUAGAUAAGGCCUAUACAUUGGAAAAAGCCAAACUUGAAAGCUGCCACUUAAAUAGCACAGGUAGAAGAAAUGUGGAUUUUACAAACAAUCAUGCACCUGCUAUUUGUGGAUCCAGCGACACUUAUUCCUUUCUACCAAAUGUUAUUUCCUAUGUUGAUAAUUUGGAGGGGAAUGUCAUGUCCUUAUGUGAUAAAGAUGAGAAAGCCAGUAAUUGCCCAGUGCAAAAUGAUCUUGCUUAUGCAAAUGAUUUAGCCAGUGAAUAUUACUUGAAAUCUGAGGCACUGCCUCUCUCUGCUCCUUGUUCUGUGUUAGAGAAGGAAAAAGUUACUCAAACGAAUAUCCAAGGACAGCUAAAUGACUGUGUCAUGACAGUGCUCAAAGAUCAAGAUCUGAUUAAGGAGUCCCCAAAUCUAUUAGCUAAUCAAACUUUAGUAUAUGGUCAGGAUUUGGGAAACAUGACUAAACUUGAUUCAAAGCAAGUAUCUUUUAAGUUUCCAGAGGAUCAAAUGGAGGACUUUGUUCAUAAUACAGAACAUAGUUUAAAGCAGACCUUUGUUGAUGAUGAUUGUGUUGAUUCCCCACUUCAUCUCUCAGCUCAGCUAUCUCCAUUACCUCAGCAAGGACAGAGUAUUGUUAAUAAAGGUGAAGCAAUAUUGUCUCAAGCUGCAAGUAAGAAUUUAAAUAUUCUAAGAAAUUCCUCUGUACCCACAUGUGAAAAUGAGUCCAAAGUGCUCAAUAAUGAGAAACGGUUGACUGUAGCCUGUGAAAAAGAACUGGAGAAAAAUAUCCAAACUGCUAAAUGUAAUACAGCCAUAGAUUUCCAGAGUAACUCAGACUUGACUAAGCAUGUUAUUCAAACUCAUGCCAAGCCUAAAGAAACAUCAGAUCCUGUAAUUGCAUCUAAUGCUGCAAGUUUUAGUAGUGGCAAACAAAAUCUGAAUAAUUUGAAUGGGAAAACUGAAGAAUUUUUAGAUAUCCAAGCUUUUCAUAUAUCAUCUUUUCCAGAACAAUUACUUGAGUUAGUAAAUAAGGCAGACAGUGAUAUGAGUAUAGUGCAAGCUACAGAAAGAAAUAAUAUUAACACAGUGUCCAACAAUGUUAAAGAUGAUAGAGAUGAAGAAAAUAAAAUUUUUCAUAAUGGAGCUGAAACCAACUCAGUACCAGUUGUAAAAGAUAAAAUAAGGAGAUGUUCUUUAGGAAUAUUUUUGCCCAGAUUGCCAAACAAGAGAAAUUGUAGUGUCACUGGUAUAGAUGACCUGGAACAGAUUCCCUCAAAUACAACUGAUUUAAGUAACUUAGAAACUCAGCCGGUCUCCAGUAAGGAUUCAGGCAUUGGAUUUAUUGCAGCUAAACUGAACUUAAGUCCAUCUCAAUAUAUAAAUGAGGAAAAUCUUCCUAUAUAUCCGGGUGAGAUUAAUUCCUCAGACUCUAUUAGCAUAGAAACUGAGGGAAAGUCUUUGAUGGAGACAUACCAGAAAGAGAUUUCACCAUCUGAAAAUAAAAUGAAAGAAACCUGCAAUAGCCAGAAAAGAACCUGGGUACAAGAAGAAGAUGAUGAUUCUCAGAAUGAGAAAAAAAUCAGAAAAAGUGAGAUUAAGUUUAGUGAUACCACACAAGAUCAGCAGACUUUUUAUCAUGCUGAAGGAGAUACAGAUAAAAAUGCUAACAGUGUAUUGAUAAAAAGCCUGGGCAGGACCCCAUCUAGUUGUAGCAGUUCUCUGGAUUCAAUCAAGGCUGAUGGGACCUCUCUGGACUUCAGCACAUACCGCAAUAGUCAAAUGGAACCACAGUUUCUCACAGACGCUGUUUGUGAAGAGAGCUUGAAGGAGAAACUCAAAGAUGGGAGAAUAACAAUAAAGGAAUUCUUUAUUCUUCUUCAAGUCCACAUUUUGAUACAGAAACCCCGACAGAGCACUCUCCCAACCAAAUUUACUAUAAACACACAACCUACUCCAGAAGAUCUGAUGUUAAGUCAAUAUGUUUACCGACCCAAGAUACAGAUUUAUAGAGAAGAUUGUGAGGCUCUUCGCCAAAAGAUUGAAGAAUUAAAGCUUUCUGUAUUGAACCAAGAUAAACUGUUGACUGAUGUAAACAGGAACCUAUGGGAGAAAAUGAGACAUUGCUCUGAUGAGGAGCUGAAGGCCUUUGGAAUUUACCUGAACAAAAUAAAAUCACAUUUUACCAAGAUGACUAAAAUCUUCACUCACCAAGGAAAAGUGACUCUCUAUAGCAAACUGGUACAGUCAGCUCAGAAUGAGAGGGAGAAACUUCAGUUAAAAAUUGAUGAGAUGGACAACAUACUUAAGAAGAUUGCUAACUGUCUCACUCAGGUGAAAAUAGAAAGUAAGAAUUUAGAGAAUGAAGAGAAAGACAAUCCUGUGGAAGAAUGGGAUUCUGAAAUGAGAGCUGCAGAGAAAGAACUGGAACAGCUGAAAACAGAAGAAGAAAAGCUUCAAAGAAAUCUCUCAGAACUAGAGAUACAGAAAGAGCAGACCCUUGCUCAAAUAGACUUCAUGCAAAAACAAACAAAUACAACUGAAGAGCUGCUGGAUCAGUUGAGCUUGUCUGAAUGGGAUGUCAUUGAGUGGAGUGAUGAUCAAGCUGUAUUCACCUUUCUUUAUGACACAGUAGAACUCACCAUCACUUUUGGAGAGCCAGUAGUUGGUCUCCCUUUCCUGAACAAGGCUAAUAGGAGGAUUGUUGGCCUGAAUUUUCAAUCUCUGUUAGAUGAAGAUAAAGCUCCUCCUUCCUCCCUUUUAGUUCAUAAGCUUAUUUUUCAGUAUAUUGAGGAACAGGAAUCCUGGAAGAAGAAAUGUACAACACAGCAUCAGGUAUCCAAGAUGCUUCAAGAAAUCUCACUGGUAGUAAGCCAUUGCAGACUCCUUGGAGAGGAAAUUGAGUUUUUAAAGAGAUGGGGACCAAAUUAUAACCUAAUGAAUAUAGAUGUAAAUAAUACUGAAUUGAGGCUUUUAUUUUCCAGCUCUGCAGCAUUUGCAAAGUUUGAGAUAAUGUUGUCUCUCUCAGCACAUUAUCCAUCUAUCCUAUUACCUUUCUCCAUUAAAAAUCACCUUGGAAACAUCAGCCAUGAUGAAAUUUCUGCCCUUCUAUCUAAAGUGCCACUGGAGGAUAACUACCUAAAGAAUGUAGUCAAGCAAAUUUACCAAGAUCUGCUUCGGGACUGCAAUUUCCACCAGUAGACCCUUGGGCCACAGCUGUAACAACCAAGCACAGUACACUUAAUAAUGAUUUAUGUUGGAGUCUCCAUUGCUGUUUAAUCUUCAUCUUCAGGUCCUAGAAAGAAGCCUAGUAAAAUUCCUUCUGAUGAUUUUCUAGUUAAUUGGUAGGGUUAAUUUUUAAAGCUCUACAGUCAGGAAUAAUGAAAGGCCUCAAAUAGACUGCUAUCAACUUGCUUAUUUUUCUACUAAAAGUUUAAGUGGUAGAAAGUAUAAUUUUGUAGGGAAAGAUCAUUGAUUUUGGCCCAGUAUAUAUAUGUAAAUAUAUUAAUAUUGAUUUUGUGUUUGUGAUAUAGUAAGGAGAUAUAUAGAAAUACCCAGUGAUGUUUAGAGAGAUACCAUAAGGCACUUUCUGUCUUUCUGAAGGUUGCCUUACAGCGAUAUUCUCAACUCCUUUUAUUAAAUAAUUACACUUUAAAUAAUAUAACACCCAAAACAGCAGUUUUGUCAAAUUCUGGCAGUAGUAAUGAAUUUAGUAUAAGUAUUGGUUUUUGAAUCUAUACCUUUCUUAAUAUGAAAAAAUAAAAAUAUCCAUUUAAAUUGA